UCUCCCGAACAAACUCCUCCUCCUAUAAAUAGCUGCCCAAAUUCACAUCUUUAUCAUUCAGUAAAUAACUGCCCAAAUUCACAUCUUUAUCAUUCAGUCCGAGUUCUUUUUAGUAUUGGCAAUGGCAGAAGACGAAUCUGUGUUGAACAAUAAUGAGGGUUUUAAUGACUUAAUGUUGCUCCUCGGUGGCAGCAGCAGCAGCAGGGACUACCUUGUCCGAAACACCGGUGAAAAAGUCGAAAUUGACAAAUUGAAGGGAAAGAAGCUUGGUAUAUAUUUUUCAACAUCUUCCUGUUUUUAUUGUCGACAAUUUACCCCACAUCUAGUGGCGGUUUACAAUGAAUUAUCCUCAAAAGGUGACUUCGAGGUCAUUCAUGUCUCCGCCGACAUAAAUGCUGGUGAAUACCAUAGUUACUUCGACAAGAUGCCAUGGUUGUCAAUCCCGUUCUCUGAUUCAGAGAAAAGGGAGGAACUACGGGAAAUGUUUGGUGUCGAGUGGUAUCCGUAUCUUGUGAUACUUGACGAAAAUGGGGAGGUUUUGACUGCGGAAGGAGUAGAGAUCAUAAAAACAUUCGGGUCAGAGGGAUAUCCUUUCACUCCAGAAAGAAUUGAAGAAAUGAAAGAGGCAGCUUUGAACCCAUCCUUGAGAUCUAUCUUAGUCUCACCGUCGAGGGAUUUUGUAAUUUCAAACCAUGGCAAGAAGGUGCCUGUUUCUGAACUUGAAGGGAAAGUCGUGGGUUUGUAUUUCUUUUCUCCUUCGUACGGUCCUUGCCUUGAGUUUACUCCAAAACUCCUGGAAUUCUACAAUAAAUUGAAGGACAUGGGAGAGAGCAUUGAAAUUGUGACAAUAGGAGUCCCUGGCCAUAGCGAGGAUGAGGAUGAAGAUGAAGAAGAAUCAUUCAAAGAAAGGGUCAUGAAUAUGCCUUGGCAUGCUUUGCCUUGGAGAGACGGAAAAAGUAUGGUGCUGGCCCAGUAUUUUGAUCUCCACAUUCUUCCUGCUUUGGUUAUUGUUGGACCAGAUGGUAAAAUAGCAACAUAUAAUGCAGUGGAAGACAUCGAGGACUAUGGGAUCCCGGCAUACCCUUUUACUCCAGAGAAGUUAUCAAAGCUGGCAGAAAAAGAGAAGGCCGGGUGGCCUCAAAAGGUGAAGCACCCGCUUCAUGAUGAACACGAACUAGUCCUCACUUUUUGGUCAUCUUUUCGGUGUGAUGGUUGCAUGGAAAUUGGCCAUAGAUGGGCGUUCUACUGUAAAGAGUGUGGUUUUCAUCUCCAUCCGAAAUGUGCCCUGGGAGAAGAGCUCGAGAGGAAAGGUGGAGGAGGACCAACUAUGAACAAACUAGUAAAGUUUCUCCAAUCCCUUCUACAAGCAUUUGUCGCCGUGUUUAAGAAGUUACUGCGCUUCUAACAUGAGACUCUUUCCAUUUAAUCUUUGUAAUUAAUCUAAUGGCUAUCCUGUAUGCUCUGCUGUAAAAUGACUUGUUUUAUUGUAACAGCUCUGUGAAUUAAGUUGAUAUUCUUUUUUAUUCCUCUCAAACCAGCUAUUAAACCAUG